GGUGUCACCAUUGCUGUCGCCUCCUUCUUCGCCUUCUGCCUCAGCGGGCGGCAGUUCCUGGAGCCGCUGGAGCCAGGGCAGGAGGGUGACCUGGACAUGUAUGUCCCUCUCUCCACCCUCCUCCAGUUCUUCUUCUACGCCGGCUGGCUGAAGGUUGCAGAGCAGAUCAUUAACCCUUUUGGAGAAGAUGACGAUGACUUUGAGACCAACAAGCUGAUAGACAGGAACCUGCAGGUGUCCCUGCUCUCUGUGGAUGACAUGUACCAGAACCUGCCACCUGCCGUGAAGGACAAAUACUGGAAUGAGUCCACGGCUCAGCCCCCCUACACCACGGCCACAGCCUUUUCCACGGCCACAGCCGCUGAGACCUUGAAGCCUUCCUUCCUGGGCUCCACCUUCGACAUGCGCAUGUGCGAGGAUGCAGAGCAGAGCCAGCUGCCGGAGGCCUCGCCGAGCGUGCCGCGCAUCCAGACGCCCCUGCUCAGCCGCUUCUUCGCUGCCGCAUCCCCCGCCAUCAGCAUCAAAAACUUCAGCCGGGGUAGCCGAGCCCACCCCCACCUGCGGCGUCCCCGCACAGAUGGCAGCUUCCCCUCCCCUUACCCCAACCGCUCCGAGGACCUUGAGUCGGUGGCCCGUAUAGAAGAGGAGGAGACAGAGGAUGAGGAGAGCCGGGCCAGCGAGUCCACCACACCUGGCGGUCACCCAGGGGGGAUCCAGCCGCCGGAGGCCUCCGAAACACAGAGGAAGGAGCUGCCACUGAUCCGGGUGAAGUUACCAUCCAGUGAGAGCAUCAGGGCUGACCAGCUGGAGGUCUGGGAGCCCUGA